CUUUAAACACCCUUUCUGAACUUUCAUUAAUACUAUAUGGGAGAGAAUAACGGAGAAGCUAAGAAAAUGGAAGAUGUGUUAUUGCCUGGAUUUAGGUUUCAUCCAACAGACGAAGAGCUCGUGAGUUUCUAUCUAAGACGGAAGGUUGAGCAUCGCCCACUCUCCAUUAAGCUCAUUACACAGCUCGACAUCUACAAAUAUGACCCAUGGGAUCUUCCAAAGUUUGCGAUGACGGGUGAGAAAGAAUGGUACUUCUACUGUCCAAGAGAUAGAAAGUAUAGGAACAGUACGAGGCCAAACCGAGUGACCAGUGUUGGAUUCUGGAAAGCCACGGGAACGGACAGGCCGAUAUAUUCAUCGGACGGAAGCAAAUGCAUUGGUCUGAGGAAGUCACUUGUGUUUUACAAAGGAAGAGCUGCUAAAGGGGUUAAGACAGAUUGGAUGAUGCAUGAGUUUCGCUUGCCUUCUGCAUCAACACAUAACCUUUCGGAUACUCAUCUAUCUCCCAACGAUUCAUGGGCUAUAUGCAGAAUAUUUAGGAAAACAAACACAACGGUUCUUAGAGCUAUCUCUCAAUCUGUUUCAUCUUUACCAACAGAGGCAAGCACCGAUACAGAAACCUACCCAAAACCAUCAAACAUAGCCCAAAUGUUUCCAGAAAUUAUCCCCCAAAAUAAUGCUCCCUUCACCUUUUACAAGAAAAAUAUGAAUGGGACCAAACCAUGUUCAUAUUAUGAAGAGAAAGAAGCUACCAAUAAGACUAGUACUUCUACAACAACUAGUUCCUUCUCUUGCAUGGAUUUCACUUCCCCAGCUAGUCCUGGUCCUUAUCUAGACCAACAGUACCUAAGAAGCCUAUUGCUUGCCUCACAAGAAACACAGCCAUCUCAGCUUCCAAAGUUCAUCAACAACAACGAUAUCUCGUCAUUUUUGCUAAGCACGCCAUCAUCAAAUUCCUCAUUUCUUGGAGGAUACACAAACCAGAUAGGCUCUAAUAUUGAUCUCACCACUGCAAUAUUGGCCCAGGAGCAGUGUCCUGCUCUUGUUAAUCUGUCGCAAGAGUACCAAGAUAUUGGUUUUGAAGAAAACAAUGGUGGUGCAAAUCAAGAUCAUCAUCACAAAUUAAAGUUUGGUGAUGUAUCUUCAACUAUGGUUGGAGAUCAACAUCAAAAUCAGAGGCAUCACAUGUUGAUGGAGAGUUACUAUUCCUCAUUUUCAACAACUAAUGACGAUUUGCCUACUUGUUUUUCCAUUACUUGA